GUGGGGGCUCGGCCGAAGCGCCCGCCCCGCCGGGCGAACAGGGAACGGCGUGCGGUUUUCUCCGUGCUUGGUUCAGCCAUCAGAGCGGUCACUCUUGUAGUGCUAAAGACUGCCUCUGAAUCGCAGUCCAGAAAGAAGAAACAAUCGUGUUGAUUUAAGUUGAACAUUUGUCUCUAAGAUUAAGAACAAAGCCAUGCCAGUGCUUUCGGAAGACUCAGGAUUGCAUGAAACUUUGGCCCUUUUGACAUCUCAGCUAAGACCUGAUUCAAAUCAUAAAGAGGAGAUGGGAUUCCUUAGGGAUGUCUUCAGUGAAAAGAGUCUCAGCUACCUGAUGAAGAUUCAUGAAAAACUCCGUCAUUAUGAAAGACAGAGUCCAACUCCUGUUUUACAUAGUGCAGCAGGAUUAGUGGAAGAUGUUAUAGAAGAAUUGCAGACUGCACCAGUGAACAAUGAAGAAAAAGAGCUACUUCAGCUGUUGUCAACGCCACAUCUAAGGGCAAUGCUUGUAGUACAUGACACUGUAGCACAGAAGAACUUUGACCCAGUCCUUCCACCUCUACCUGAUAACUUUGAUGAUGAUUUUGAUGAGGAAUCAGUGAAAAUUGUUCGGCUAGUGAAAAAUAAAGAACCCUUGGGAGCUACCAUCAGAAGAGAUGAGCAUACAGGAGCUGUGAUUGUAGCAAGGAUCAUGAGAGGUGGUGCAGCUGAUCGUAGCGGUCUUGUCCAUGUUGGAGAUGAACUAAGAGAAGUCAAUGGUAUUACUGUGCUUCACAAACGACCAGAAGAAAUAAGUCAGAUUUUGGCUCAGUCUCAGGGGUCAAUAACGUUAAAAAUAAUUCCAGCCAUCAAAGAAGAGGAUCGUCUAAAAGACAGCAAGGUGUUUAUGAGGGCGCUUUUCUGCUAUAAUCCCAAAGAAGACAGAGCCAUUCCCUGCCAGGAGGCUGGGCUGCCAUUUAAGAGACGACAUGUCCUAGAAGUUGUAAGCCAAGAUGAUCCUACGUGGUGGCAAGCAAAGCGAGUUGGAGAUACCAACCUCAGAGCAGGCUUGAUCCCCUCAAAACAGUUCCAAGAAAGACGAUUGACUUACAGAAGAACAAUAGGCACUUUGCAGAAUCCCAGAACUGUGAAGAAACCAUUAUAUGAUCAGUCUUCCGACAAAGAAGACUGUGACUGUGAAGGAUAUUUCAACGGACAGUACAUAGCUGGCUUACGCAGGAGCUUUAGAUUAAGUCGUAAAGAGAAGGAGAACAGCCUGAAUGAAGGAAAGCAAGCAGAGCAGGCAGACGCAGCAGAGUUCCUAACAUACGAAGAAGUCACGAAAUACCAGCAGCAGCCUGGUGAACAGCAGAGGCUGGUGGUUUUGAUUGGUUGUUUGGGGGCCAGAUUAAGUGAGCUCAAGCAGAAGGUUGUGUCGGAGAACCCACAGGAGUAUGGUGUUGCAGUUCCACAUACAACCAGGUCAAAGAAAAGUCAUGAGAAAGAGGGAGUAGAAUACAAUUUUGUCUCUAAGCAAUCAUUUGAGACAGAUGUGCAGCAAAACAAAUUUGUGGAACAUGGAGAAUACAAAGAAAAUCUCUAUGGUACAAGCCUUGAGGCAAUCCGGUCCGUGAUGGCCAAAAAGAAGGUUUGUUUGGUGGAUGUGGUACCUGAAGCAGUAAAGCACUUGAGGACUCCUGAGUUUAAGCCUUAUGUUAUCUUUGUGAAGCCUCUCAUUCCAGAAAAGAAAAAAAAUGUCCUAAAAUCUCCCACGUCAGAAGAAAUCUCAGCCCCCCUUGAUGAAGAACAGCAGGAAAUUAUUAAUUCGGCAGCAUUCAUUGAAGAGCAGUAUGGCCAUUUAAUUGACACCGUACUGGUGAAAGAAGAUCUCCAGAGUGCAUGUAAUCAGCUGAAAACUGUGUUAGAGAAACUAAACAAGGAUUCAUUUUGGGUGCCAGUCAGCUGGGUUAGGUCAUAGCUCAUUAUCGUCUGUUUAAGGGAAAGAUUGUAUAAAAACUACUUGUAAAUACAUGGAUUUGAAAAAGGAAGUAUGUCAAAUUCACUUCAAAACUGCUGGUCUGUCCAGAAGGUAAAGACAUAGGAGAAAAACUAAGCAAAGUCAGAAGCUGACACUGCCUUCCUGAAUCAGAAUCUUGAAUAGCAGCUGUCACUUAAAAGCGACUACACAAAGAUCAGCAAAAGACUGGAGUGACUUUUGGGCUGUACAUAGUGCAUUUUGUACAGUGAAGUUUCACAGAGGGUCCCACACUUCCAAGACAUUAAGUAGUGCUUGGACAGUAACCAGCUGGAUUUUUCAUCCUUUGGCCACAACUCUGGUGGCUGGAGUUAAGGCAUCUGGACAAGGCACGGUUCGGGAACCAGCCUGCCUGCAGACCAAGCCACUUCAGCCAGGCAGGGGGCAGAGCGCUUAUACUAUGUCCAAGACUCAAAAAUCCAAUUGGCUGACAGGGCAGCCACUUCCCUUCGCUCAGGAUCAUUCAUUGCAAAUCCUUUCCAAUUGGGCACUAAAACUAGGCCAGUUAUACAAGUGGUGUAUAUUUUAGUGGCUGAGAAAUGGUUUGUGGGGAGUUUUUUUGGUUUGUUUUUUUUUUUUUUAAUAUCCAUCCCACGUUUCCUAGUGCUUCCACCUUGUCUUGCAGAGGUAUGAGUCUGCUCAGCCAUAGCUUAUGCCCACUUUCCCAAUCUCUUCCUACUGACGCAGGACAGAUGUUAAAUGAUCUGUGAACACACCCGCAUGACUAGCCAGCUCAUAAACUAGAGACUUUUUUUUUUUUUUUUUUUUAGUCUACAUGAAAAUAACUACAUAUGAUUUAAAAUAGACUUUUAAGAAGCUUAUUUUCUGCAAAAUAUCUUUGCAAAUGCCACCUGAUGGGAUACCACCUUGACACCGAUGUAGCAGCUCCAAAAAGGCCGCUAAAAGGAGGAGGCUGAAGUACCAAGUAGCCGAGCUACAGAGCCAAAUCCUCACCCUUCCAGCAUCUGUGGCCACCUGUGUUCCUUCCACUGCAUCAAAUUGGCUACGCGUCCUGAAGAAGAAAUCCUAACUGUUAGAGGACUCUAUGUAUGUUUCAGGAGCCUUGAAUAUACAGGAUUUUUAGAUGGGUGUUAAUAAGAAAACACAGAUGAUUUGGAAGCGCCUAUGCUUUAUAAUUAUUUAAAAAAAAUAAAGAGUAUUGUACAGGUGCAUGUUAGCUGAAACUAGUUCCCGUUUCCCAGUGCCUGAUGCGGUCUGAUCGUUCCUGUGUGCUGUGCCCUUUUACCAGGACCUUCUGGUGCACCAGCCUCAUUCCUUCAUCUUCCCAGUAUGAUGUUAUUCUUGUUCCACUGCAUUUAGCAAAACUAACAACAUUGCAUAUUAAAAGCUCAGUUCUUGUAUACCAGUGUCACUGAAUCUACAUUAACUCUAGCCCCAAGAGUGGCGUAGGACACUCGCCUGUAUCCACCUUCGCCCAACGUGUGUAACGUUGCCCUGCCUGUAGGCGUGGAGGUUCCCGUUCCUGCAAGAAGCAGCACUUUCCACAGUUGGAGCCUGCUCCGGCUUGGCACAGCAUCUGCGCUGCCUCAGCAAACGUACAAGGACUCCUUCAUCUGCAGCUGCCCCAUCAGCUCUGCCAUUAACUCUCUACAAUCUUGGCCCAGCACAGCCACCAAAAGUAACGUGGCUUCCAAGAGAGACACAUCGCCAAGUGAAUUUUGUGACACAUGUCCUGUGUUCAUAUGAAAAACUGAGUGUAAUAUUUUAAAAACUAUAACAGCAUUUCAAACUCAGUCAUAUCAUGAAAAUAUGAAAUGGGCAGAUUGAUCUCGCCCUAGAUCUAUAUUGCAGAUUACAAGCAAGCUUUCGUAGUCUGCAAGACCUAAACAUGUUCAGAUGAUGGAGAUUUAAUUUAAAGAAGACUAGGUUCAAAGUUAGGGCUGGAGAGGCUCUGUGUUACAUGCUAAAGUGCACAGGUAGCUGAGCUUCAGUUGUAGGAAAAAAAGAACACCUGCAAUGCUCCUAUUUAUUCUGAAAUCCUAGGAAGAGAGUACAUGCAGAAGAUGAUUGUGAUCAGGAAAGCCUCCAAUUCUGACAAGAUACUGAGUCCCUGCUGCAUUAGCCAUGCCUGGUAUAUGCUCCUGCCAUUAGCGAGGAAAAAGCAUUCAACAACUGCAGGCACCACCGAAUAGGUCAAGGCAUCUCACUUGUGAAGAUCUAAAAGCAUAACUGCAUGCGGAAAGAAGCGACAGAACAGCUCUUGUCAGUAGGUAAGGGGAGGCAGCAAUAGCACUGACGCUCAGUAAAGGAAUGUGCAGUGCAUGUGCAGACAGAAGCCAAAGCAGAACCCCAGUACAGGUAUUUCUGUUCACUUCAGUGACAGUUACACAGGCACACUUUUCACAAAAGAAAACAGCUCCAUAAAGAGCAACUUUGCAGAGCACAAGCUUGAAUAGUUCCAAAGUGAGGUUAAAGUUUUAUAGGCCUUGUCUUCAGCUGUGUUGUGGUAGCACUCAUGACAAAUCACUGGUGGUGCUCAGGAAGGCACUCCCACUGAUACAAAUUAACUUCAGAGUGAUGAAUCAUCAAGACAUUCAUCUU